GAUACCGUAGUUUAGAAAAUGUGGUGGCGUGAAUGAAUGGUUGUGUUGUGUAGACGUGCCUUUUAAAAUGGCGUUGUCAACAAUGAAAAGCCAAGUUUUUUUGUAUUGAUGUAUUUUAAAUAAUUUUUAUUAGUUUAAAGAAUUGUUUUUAUUUGUCGCCUUGAAAGUUAUAAUAUAUGAAAAAUGAACGGUCUAAGUAUUAGUGAAUUCUGUUGCUUGUUUUGUUGUCCGCCUUGUCCCAGCAGGAUAGCUGCAAAAUUAGCUUUUAUACCACCAGAGCCAACUUACGAAUUUGUGUCAGAUGAAAAUGGAAAAUGCAGUUUUGCACUUACAGAACGAGCAGAAUGGCAGUUUACAGAACGAGAAAAGGAGUUCAUUGAUGCUUUUUACACCAGAACAACAAGAGGAAAUAGAAUUGCAUGUUUGUUUAUAAGAUGUUGUAGCACUGCCAGAUUUACAAUUUUGUUUUCUCAUGCCAAUGCCGUGGAUCUUGGACAAAUGAGUAGUUUUUAUUGGGACCUAGGUACCCAAAUGAACUGUAAUAUAUUUAGUUAUGAUUAUUCGGGUUAUGGAGUGAGUGGUGGCAAGCCCUCAGAGAAAAACUUGUAUGCUGACAUUGAUGCAGCUUGGCAAGCACUUAGAACUAGAUAUGGAAUUAGUCCAGAGAAUAUUAUUUUAUAUGGGCAGAGUAUCGGUACUGUACCUACUGUAGAUUUGGCUGCACGCUAUGAAGUAGGGGCUGUGAUAUUACAUUCUCCCCUUAUAUCAGGAAUGAAAGUAGCAUUUCCUAACACUAAGAGAACUUGGUUCUUUGAUGCCUUCCCCAGUAUUGACAAGGUUCCAAAAGUUAUGUCUCCUACACUAAUAAUUCAUGGAACUCAUGAUGAAGUUAUAGAUUUUUCACAUGGACUGACUAUUUUUGAAAAAUGUCCUAAAGCUGUUGAGCCUUUAUGGGUAGAGGGAGCUGGCCACAAUGACGUAGAACUAUACCCGGUGUAUCUCGAGAGACUAAAACAAUUUAUAACCGUCGAACUGGAUAACUGACAACUACUGAACGGAGAAGAGUGCACUUUCAGUUCUGGAACCUCUAGUUCUGUCGGUGAAAAACUACUAUAGCCAAUCGAGGCAGGGUUGAUGGUGAACAAAAAAGGUGGGAAGCAAAAAUCAAAACACAAAAACGCCCUCUCCAAACCAUCUCCCUGCAUCAAUGCCCCGUCUUGUUCAAAAAUAAACUCAAAAGUCAGCUUGGCUACCAUCUGUCACAGUGUUCCCCCGGUGUGUCUUGUGGUGUGUCACUGUCUUCUUCUCGAGACUACUUGUUAGCAGUUUCUAUUGUGUAUAUAUGAUAUAUAACGUGAACUCUUUAUUAAAUAUUUUAUAUACAGGUUUUCUUAUAUGUCUAUAGUGAAACAGACUACUAAAAAGGAGAAAAAUGUCGUGUAACUUAAUAAUUCAUUCAGAUGAACUACAGCAAUGUUAACCACAAAUUCCACGUGAAUGAUUCAAUAUAUUCUUUAAUUUUCCUUUUUUUUUAAAUUAGUCAAACAAUUAUUGGAAAUUUUAUUAAAAUGAAUCACAGUAUUCUGUGAUUUAUUAUAGUAUAGUUUUUCUUGCUAUUAAAUCCGUACUGACUUAUUACCAAUGACAUUGCAUUUCAUCUCUUUGAAUAGGCUAAUUUUUUAUUUUUUUUUAUAUAUAUAUUUUGUUAAUUUUAAAUAUAAAAACGUAUCGAUAUUACUUUUAUUAAUGAAAAUGGCUAAAAAUCUACUCCAUAAGAACCUAAAUGUUAUGACGUAGGUACAUAAGUAGAUAUAAUUGAAAAUCAAUAGAUUUAUAAAAAUUACAGAUACCACACAUGCAAGCUUUUCUGACUAUCGACAUAUUUGUAUUAAAUUCACAUAAUUUCUGACAGCUGAAAUUCAGCCCUAAGUGCAAUUUUUUUAUGUUUUAUGAAUUGUCAUUAUUGGAUGCCAUUAUUGACAAAAAUUCGGCAGGUCCAACCGAUGUCAGUAACACAUAUUUUAUUUUCAAUUAAAAUAUAAUUGUUGUAGUGUUUUGCGCAAAAAAAUAUAUUCCAGACCUUUAGUAAAUUCAAUUCGCUAAAUCUUAAAAGUAUAAAUAUAGAAUAAAAAUUUUCCCAUUAAACUAUUAGCAUUGAAAUGCAAGUUUUUGAAAAAAUAUCGAUUUAACUUUAACAAAUUAUGGGAAAAAACUUAAUUUUUUUAAUAAAACUUUUUAUAUGUUGCGUAAAACUCAAAAGUCAUACUCUACACUGCUAAAUUUAUUAAAAAAAUCUUAUGAAGUAAAUUCUUAGCCGUGUCAUGGAUCUAAUAAUGUUAAGCUUAAAUAUACACGUGAAACUUCAGAUUGGAAAGUAAGCUUUUAAAACCACAAUUUUUUUUCUGUAAACAGUAAUUUGGCCCAUUUGAAAAUAAAAAAUAUUUUUUCUGUUUAUAAAAACGUUUACAUGCGUCAUACGCCCUGAAUAAAAUAGUCUAAUUAUGCUAUACAAUCUAUUUAAACAGAGUAUAAUGGUAAGAGUUGUUGCAUACAUGGAAAAUAUAUUUUUUAUGGUCAUUUUUAUCAUUUACUCUCUUUUUACUUAAUGUGUUUUUAAUACAUGUAUUUUUGUUUUAAGUGCUCGUUCGUUUAUAUAAUUAAAUAAUAUAGAAUUCAUAUCUGGCAGGUUAAAAAUACAAAUAAUUAUAUCAGUAUUGUAAUGAACUAGUUUGAAUAAUAAGAGUUGAAAACAAUAACAACUUUCAUCUGGAAAAAUUUGAUAUUUAUAACCUUUUUAUUUAUCUUUUUAUUUUUAUAAAUGAUUUUCGUAAGUUAAAACGUAGACUAAGAUACUUUUUUAUCCUUUCUAUUGAUAGAGAGAAGAGAUGGAGGAAGAGUCCAUUUUAUUUACUUGUCAGAGAAUUAAAAACAUUAUUCAAAAAGUACUUUUUAUCUGCCCAGUUAUGUUAUUUCGCUCGUAUAGUAUAUAGUUUUUAAUGUUAUUCAAAUUGUUCAAAAAUAAAAGAACGCCGUUUAGGUUAAAUAAGCUGGUGUGGCUGAUAAAUAAAUCAAGUGAUCCGACCAAAAAACUUUCUAGUAUUAAACUACAAAAUAUGUAAAAUGAAUUAGUACUUAUAUAUCAUCAUCAUAAA